GCUUUGGUCUGUACUUUUGCUAAUUCAGCACAUUUCUUAAAUUUGACUCCAGGCACAGUCAUACUCCGAACAGAUUGAUAGGAUACUCGCAUCGCAUUCCGUCACGCCUCCUCUAAUCCACGGCCUCCCUGAGUGCGUCAGCGCCUCAAACGGUCUAUCUUCCUAACGGCCCAUUUCUCUAUGUUGCGGAAAUAACCGCAGCUGGGAGCCCCGCGAUCGGCCCAUUCUGAAUUGGUCCACUUCUUCCGCCACACCCGAAAUCAACGAGCAUCUUCAGACUAGUCUAGCAAGCUAGCUCCUCACGGAACCUGCGCUCCGAUCCGCCACCUCUCUUAUCUGAAAACCUCCAGAGUCCAGCCUCCCUUCCGAUUCCACCUCCAAGCUCCCAGUCCCAGCCAUGGCGUCUCAUGAUCAUCACCACUCCCACUCCCACGACGACCACCACCACCAUUCCCACGGGGACGGCGGUGGCCAUGCGGCUGGGGGAUCGUGGGUAGGGGAGGACGGACGCGUGUGGCACUCCCACGACGGCCUCGCGCCCCACUCCCACGAGCCCAUCUACUCCCCCGGCGACUUCACCAAGCGCGCGCCGCCGCUCGCCUCGCGCGACUUCGCUGACCGCGCCUUCACCGUCGGCAUUGGCGGCCCCGUAGGCACCGGGAAAACUGCCCUCAUGCUAGCAUUGUGCAGAUUUCUACGCGACAAGUAUAGUCUUGCAGCUGUCACAAAUGAUAUAUUCACAAAAGAAGAUGGAGAAUUCUUAAUUAAACAUGGAGCGCUCCCUGAAGAACGUAUACGUGCAGUGGAAACUGGAGGCUGCCCUCAUGCGGCUAUUCGCGAAGACAUCAGCAUAAAUCUUGGUCCUCUGGAGGAGCUAUCGAACUUGUACAAAGCUGAUUUGCUACUCUGUGAAUCUGGAGGAGGUAUAUUUUUUUACUUGAUCCAAAAUAAAUGUAGGUCAUUUCUAUUGUUAUGCAUGUUAGAAUCUACGCCGGAGAGACAACCCUGCAGGUUGCCGGCGAGCUCCUACCUCCCAGAUAACUUGGCAGCUAACUUCAGCAGAGAAUUAGCAGACUACAUAAUCUACAUUAUCGAUGUCUCUGGUGGGGACAAGAUACCAAGAAAAGGUGGCCCUGGGAUAACCCAGGCCGAUCUGUUGGUAAUAAACAAGACAGACCUAGCACCUGCUGUUGGAGCUGAUCUGUCUGUAAUGGAGCGAGACGCACUUCGCAUGCGCGAAGGAGGGCCCUUUGUGUUUGCACAGGUGAAACAUGGAGUGGGCGUGGAGGGGAUCGUGAACCAUAUUCUGCAGGCGUGGGAGAUCGCGACUGGUAAUAAGCGGCGAUAAGAUCUCACGACUUGGGGCCAUAUGUUGGAUGCAGAUUUGAUUCAGUCGGCACUUCCACAUGCAUGUGUCAUCUGUUCGUUUCUCAAUAAAUUCUGCGUCAUUUGCUGCUGAUUGUACUUGACAAGUAGAGACAUGGAUGGACUCUUAAAAUUCCAUCCAUGUGUUAAAUGACAUAUUCGAGACAUCCUUUUCUCAAUAAACUCUGCAUCAUUUGGUGAAUUGCACUUGAGAAGUAAAGACAUGGAGCCUUAAAAUUCCAUACUUGAGUUUAA